CCCAACCAAGGCGUGUUUUGUGAGAAGGAAUUUGAUCACGGGAUCUAUCAGGACAGAUAUCCGGUUUUAUGACUUUAUCUUCAGCGUCGUAGAUAACACGAGUUCUGCAAGUGGUUGGAAUUUUUUUUUUUUUUUUUUUUUUACCAGGAAGAGACAUGUGGUUGUGACACAAAGAGAGAGUUUAAACUUCUGGCGGGAUUGGCCAAUGUCAGCUGACGGAGAAUCGAUAUUUGGUCGUAACGCGGUCGAACAGAUAAAAUGAUUGGCUUGUUGGGCGGCUUGGCGUCGUGGUCGCGCCUGCGCGGCACGAGCGACGACGACUGGUGCGACCGACUCAACCACCUAUGGACGGUCGUGCUGCUGGCGAUGUUCACGCUGUUCGUCAGCAGCGCGCAGUACGUGGGCGACCCCAUCCACUGCUGGUGUCCCGCCACCUUCACCGGCGCCUACGUGGCCUACGCCAAGCACGUGUGCUGGAUCUCCAACACGUACUACGUGCCCAUGGACGACACGAUUCCGCUGGACCUGAGGGAGAGGCAGGACAAGGAGAUUUCCUACUACCAGUGGGUACCCAUCAUCUUCCUGUUCAUGGCCUUCAUGUUCAAGUGCCCGAACAUCAUCUGGCGGCUGUUCUGCAACGGCGCCGGGCUCAACAUGGACAAGAUCACGACGAUGGCCGAAGGAACGCAGCUCGGCUCCGGAGACGACCGGGAAAAGACGAUCUUCCACAUCGCCAAGUACAUGGACCGCUGGCUCAUGGCGCACCGGCAGUACAACUAUAACGUUUUUGUGCGCAUGCGCCAGCGGAUAUCCGGCGUCUUCUGCUUCUUCCUGGGCAAGCGGGACGGGACCUACCUGACGGGUUUUUACCUGUUCGUCAAGCUUCUCUUCGUCGUCAACGUGAUCGGCCAGUUCUUUCUGCUCAAUUCGUUUCUGUCUAUGGAUUACUCAGUGUACGGUUUCGAGAUCAUCAGAAAACUGUCGCAGGAGGAGCCGUGGCGAGAGAGUCCCCGCUUCCCGAGAGUGACGCUCUGCGAUUUCGACAUCAGGCAGCUCCAGAAUCUGCAGAGAUGGACCGUGCAGUGCGUGUUGCCCAUAAACCUGUUCAACGAAAAGAUUUUCAUUUUCCUCUGGUUCUGGCUCUUCUUCGUAGCGACUCUGACCUGCAUGAAUUAUCUCUCCUGGCUCUACCACGUACUCAUCGGUCUGAACAGGGCGAGAUACGUCAAGAAGUACCUGAAACUUGGCGACGAGAUCCGAAGCAGUGGCGACUCAAAGUUGUGUCGGAAAUUCGCAGACGAGUAUCUUCGAAACGACGGCGUCUUCGUGCUGCGGGUUAUCGCAAAGAACUCGUCGGAUCUCGUGCUCCGAGAUUUGGUCGUUCAUCUGUGGAAAAUAUUCCGGGAUGACCCGAAAAGCACACUUCGGCCAAUUCCGGAAAUGAAUCACCGCGAUAUGAAUCACCAUGGAGACGAAAUUAAAGAGGGAUUGGCGUAACAGAAAACGUCAUCCAAUGAUAUGUUUAAUGGAGUGAGCGCUCAAUUGACAAAAACCUUUGACUUCAUGAACAGUUCCAGGACUCGACAUAAGCGGUGGCCCGAGAUAUUUGUACUUGAACAUAUCUCGGGUGGUGGUAUUUUGUGCAAGCGAAGGAACCCAUUCUGUUAUUCCAUAAGUAUGCAUGAUCACAGCAUGGACUAACUUCACGAAUGGUACUCUUUGAUUGAGAAGAUGGAGGGUAAUGAAUGAAUUCU